CCGGGGGCUCGGCCGCCGGGGCUCGCCCUCCGCCUAGCGGCUCUGGCCCGCGCGCGGGGACCCUCACGGAGACGCGGGCCGGCUCGCAGUGUUCGGGUUCCAUGUCCGUGCUCUGCCGGCGAGAGGCACUUUCCGAGGCCAUGUUGGUGGCAGCCGGGACCCCCGCCCCCUCGCCUGCGUGUUGCGUGCUCACGCCCGGCCGUGCUGCCCGUCCUUGAGACAGACGCGUCCCGGCUGCGGUGCCGGCAUGGCUGCUUCCACUAAGCCCUCCGCGCCGCAGGACGCGGCUCCCGGCGGCGCGGAGAAGAGGAAGCCCCUGCUCAGCUGGGGCGAGAAGGUGGCGUUUGCCAGGGCCGAGGGCAGCCCUGCCGAGAACCUGCUCACCAUCACCAUCACCGAGACCACCGUCAUCGAGUCGGACCUGGGCGUGUGGGACUCGCGGGCGCUGCUCUACCUGACGCUGUGGUUCUUCCUCAGCUUCUGCACGCUCUUCCUCAACAAGUACAUCCUGUCCCUGCUGGAGGGCGAGCCCAGCAUGCUGGGCGCGGUGCAGAUGCUGUCCACGACCUUCAUCGGCUGUGUCAAGGUGUUCGUCCCCUGCUGUUUGUACCAGCACAAGACCCGGCUCUCCUACCCCCCCAACUUCAUCACCACCAUGCUCUUCGUGGGCCUCAUGAGGUUUGCAACCGUCGUUCUAGGUUUGGUCAGCCUGAAAAACGUGGCCGUUUCAUUUGCGGAAACCGUGAAGAGCUCCGCCCCCAUCUUCACCGUGAUCAUGUCCCGCAUGAUUCUGGGCGAGUACACAGGGCUGCUGGUCAACCUCGCCCUCAUCCCGGUCAUGGGAGGGCUGGCGCUCUGCACAGCCACCGAGAUCAGCUUCAAUGUCCUGGGCUUUUCGGCUGCAUUGUCCACCAACAUCAUGGACUGUUUGCAGAACGUUUUUUCAAAAAAGCUCCUCAGCGGAGACAAGUACAGGUUCUCGGCCCCGGAGCUGCAGUUCUACACCAGCGCCGCAGCCGUGGCUCUGCUGAUCCCGGCCUGGAUCUUCCUCAUGGACGUGCCUGUGAUCGGGAAGAGCGGGAAGAGCUUCAGCUACAGCCAGGACGUCGUGUUGCUGCUGCUGAUCGACGGCGUGCUGUUCCACCUGCAGAGCGUCACGGCAUACGCCCUCAUGGGCAGGAUCUCCCCUGUGACCUUCAGCGUUGCCAGCACCGUGAAGCACGCCCUGUCCAUCUGGCUGAGCAUCAUCGUUUUUGGCAACCGCAUCACCAGCCUAUCAGCCGUCGGCACCAUCUUGGUGACAGUCGGUGUCUUACUCUACAACAAGGCUAGGCAGUACCAGCAGGAGGCCAUGCAGAGCCUGGCUGCAGCUGCCAGCCAGGCCCCAGAGGACAGCACCGAGCCGCUGGUCCCCACGGACCCCGGACAGUACCACUGAGCAAGGCCACGAGGUUACCAGCACCACCUUGCUCCUCGCUGACACCAGCCCUCCCGCAGCCAGGUGUGGGCUGAGCCCACAUCCAGGGGUCCUGGCUGGGUCGCAGGAAGAAGGGGGUGGAGGGGCUGUUGCCUGCUCCCGUCUUGGUUUUUCAUUCAUCUGUCAGGAACUCAAGUUGAAGAUUUCCAGGCGUCAGCUUCCCGGGCAGAGCCCAGCGUCCACCAUCAGCCAAGCUGAGCUAAUGCCAGAGCCAGGUGGUCCAAGAUGCCCCUGUGGCUCCCUGCCAAACACACAUGCUGGCUGCCACGGGCCAGGCCCCCAUUCCUGCAUGUGUGACCACCAAGGCCAGCUAGGGCCAGGCUGGUUCCAGUGCCAAUGCGAGCUGCCACCUGCUUAGCACCCAUGAGGAGAACUCGACUUCUUCAUCCCAGCCUCCCAGGCCUGAGGCUGCUGGCUCCUCUGGAGAAGGCUGCAGCAUCACCCACCAGGCUGCUGUGCUGGGACCAAUCCAAGUGCCUCCCACCCGGGCAUGGAUCUGUCCACCACCCGAGAGGACACAGAGCCGACAGUGGAGGGAGAGGGCCCAGGACCAGGGUCUCCUGCCUCCAGGGGCGGGUGCCAGUGCUUCUCCCCUGACCCAGGCUCCUGGGGACAUCACCCAUUCCCGCCUGCAGUGUCAGCCCUCAGGGGAGGUCCUCCACCCGAGAGGACACAGAGCCGACAGUGGAGGGAGAGGGCCCGGGACCAGGGUCUCCUGCCUCCAGGGGCGGGUGCCAGUGCUUCUCCCCUGACCCAGGCUCCUGGGGACAUCACCCAUUCCCGCCUGCAGUGUCGGCCCUCAGGGGAGGUCCUCCAGAGGGUGCUGCCAAGCACACGGGGGCCCGCAAUAUCUGCUGCUCUGAGCCCCUUCCCGCCGACUGAGGGGCCCUGCCUUUGACCAGAGGCCAGGCUUCCCUUGGGCUGGCUCUGGCCCGAGACUGAGGACAGACCUCUCAGGUUCGGCUCGGGCAGGGGAGACUCCCUGUUCUUUCUUUCUGGACGCUUGUGAGAGGCUGGCAGCUGGGGGUUCCCCGGGGGCCUGCAGGGGUCGCCCAUAAAACCUUUGGUCUGCACAGUUCCGUAUGGGAACAUUGGCACCGGCUGUCAAUGGCACACAGGUGACGGACGCUGUGCUUCCGAAUGAGAAGGUAUCUGCCCAGCAGAUUGCCGACAGUCCACAUGGGCAGCCCACUCCGCCUGGCUCUCCCCAGCAGCCCCUCCCUCUCCUCAUGGACCUCAGGGCUCGGGAAGCCCGGGGAGCAGUCUCCGCACCCCCCCCCCGGGUUAGCUGCAGCUUUAACCACUUGGCUGCGUUACUUCUCUGGCAUCCUGGCGGGUUUGACUGGGCAUGCCCAUUGCUGGCCCCGUCAUGGCCCAGAUCUGAAGCCUGAGCACCCACUGUCCCCCCGAGUCUCACUUGCCCUCCCUGUUCUCCAAGCCCCUGACACCCAUCAGCAGUACACUGGUUUUCCAGUUGACAUCUCACUGGGAAAACAGCCCCUCCCAGAGAUAAAAUCUCAGAAGCAAAAGAGCAAUAAUUCCCACUCACUACGUCCUCCCUACUUGGAAAGGUGUACCCUCACGGUGGUCGGAGCAAGGCCGUGAGCCUAGGCCGAGCUCUGGCCCCGAGUGGCCAGGCGCCUGCCAGGUGGCACCAGCUCGCCCACACUGUGAGGAUGUGUUCUGUGACUGUCCCCAGGGUUCUUUUUGUUUGCUGUUUCUUCCCCUUUCCCCCAAAGCAAAAUUGACUGAGGGUGGCCAGUGUGACGAGAUGCUGCACUGAUUGGUGAGGCCCAGCUGUGGUCUGCCUGCCCUGGAGGAUGUAGCUGCCGGGCCUGCUGCUGACAGUGGGACGUGCGCAGAGAAGGGGCCGUGUCUGCUGGGGUCAGUGGCAGGGCCAAGAUGUGUUGUGUCCGAGUCCGUCCCAGGCGCAGGCGCCUGGUUUCUGUGGGUUGCUGGGAAUUCCGGCUCCAGUCCCAUGUGGGAUUAGGAAGCUGCCCCUCCCUCCCAGCCUGGUUUCAAUUGUCUGACUUUGUGGACCAGCAACAGCAUGAAGAUUUUCUACAUUAUUAGCUAAUGAGGCAAUUUCCUGUAAAUGCUUUUGAGACUUUUCCUGCCGCACAACGGUUGCAGAAACUGCGCUUGCUGGUGUUCACACGCCUGCUCCUCCACGCCCACCACAUCCAAGUCAGCUUUGGGCCACCGCUGUCAUGGCAUUUGGAGGCCAGCCCUCCACCAAGAGCCAAAACGCAAGGCCUGGCCUUGCCAUUUGUUUCCCGACUACAGCCAUGAUGCUUUUGACAUUAACUUUGUCCAGUGCUCUCAUAGACUGUUUCACUGGAAUGUCACAGAUGUGUGUAGGGGACAUUGGCACCGGUGUCAUUGCUCAUGUUGGGUUUCAAUCCUCCUGUGUCCGUGGUCAUUGUCUGUGCCUUUUGUAAACCAGCAGAGAGCGUGAACAGCCCUUCCAGGCCGGGCCACCUGCUUGCGGAUAGCGAUGCUCGGAGAUGUACAGAGCUCUGGCUUCCAGACGCACCCGCUGACGGAGCGCAUACAAAGCUUCUUAAAAGCCGGUUCUGACGGUGGUAAUCCCCGGGUCGCCAGUAAUCUGCCUGCCUGGACAACUGAGGAAAAUCCUGCACAAUCCAAAAUGUCUUUCGCUUGAGAAAAACAAAGGGAUCAAACAAUUAAGAAAAAAACCUGCACAGAGUAUCAGUGAAGUAGAGCUCUGCUUUGUAGUGCCUUUCACGUCCCUGUCACAGCCCGUGGCUGUCCCUGCUGUGACACCUGGGCUGUCACCUAGACACCGCUUCUCAGAUCCGUCCGCGUGAUGCUUUCCAAGGCCUCACAGUGUUCCACUGCUUCCCUGCGCUGGAAAGCGUGAACAGGGCGCAGACAGAAUCCACUUUUCUUUUGCCGUUGACCAGCGUUGGACGAAGGGCUUCACUCUUUCCCCCAAAGGCACACACACCCGUGAGCACAUUCCCUUCCUUCCUGAAUCUGGGGAGCCAGGAUGGACCCUCCAGGUCAGGCACCCAUGGGUCAGCUCAUGCUUCAGCUCGGCUGUCUAGAAUUUUCUUCAGAGCCCUUCGGUACAACCACAUUGACGGAAGCUGGUCCUGCUCGGGUGUCCAGCAGUUGAAAACCAUUCCUACUGGCAAAGUCUCGUCUUCUGCUCUCAUUGGCCGAAAACUCACUGGGCUGGUUUGACUGUUUCUCAGCUGCUCCCAGACUUGUGACUGAACCUGCCUGGGGGGCGCUGCUGGCUCCAGAACCGGGCCACAGCCAGGGUCUUUCCCGCGUUGUGAAACUUGAAAAUUACACGCUGAUUCUCUACAAGAGCCAAAUGCCAUUUGCUUUAUACCAAACACAACUGCGGAGAACAAAAACGCAUCAUGUUUCUAGACUUUUAUACGUCACCUAUUUCAGUAUUCAGUGCUUUCUAGAAAACACGUGAUGUCAGUGACUCACUCAACUGUGGUAAUAACUCCCUGCUAACUGGAUGCCUCCUGUUACUUUCGUCUAAAUGAAGCAGCCGGGGCGCAACGGUCAGACUCGUUUCACAAAAGUAAAAUAAAAGCUAAGUAUGAUCACAGCCGGCUUCUCCCUGUGUGUCGAU